CAUGUUUUUGUUGCGCUCUUCCCAUGAAAGGUGUGUUGACAUAAUGAGGUGAUUUCAAAUAAGUGUGUGACAGUUAAUAUUUAUCACAUUUACAAUUUGCUCUCCACAAAAUUCUCCUUAAAGUGAAACACACUGAUGACCUGUCAAAGCUCCACCUCCACUUUACAUCAUCUGAGACAAACAGGAAAUAGAGUUUUACGUUUUUCUGCACAGACACGGACAUACUGAGAGAGAUGAUAACAUUAAUCUUCAUUACUCAGGGAUGAGAGGUAUGGGAUGCAAUACUGUAAUACUAAUGACUUCCACUUUAACUUGCUGCUGACUGGAAAAAACAGAACACGAUUUAAACUGAAAGUAACUGAGGAACUUACAGCAGGGAGGGGCUCUGACUGUUUCUGUUUUAGCUUUGUGCCUAUUGUGGGUUUUUUGCUGCAUCCAAGGAGAAAAUGGCUUCCCGUCCAGCAGAGGAUCUCUCCUGUUCUGUCUGCCAUGACAUCUUUAAAGAUCCUGUUGUUCUGUUAUGUAGCCACAGCUUCUGUAAAGACUGUCUGCAGAGAUGGUGGAGAGAAAGGCAAAUAAAGGAGUGUCCACUUUGUAAGAAAAUACUUUUGAGUGAUCCACCUUGUAACCUGGUGUUAAAGAACCUGUGUGAGGCCUUCUUACUGGAGAGAGAACAGGGAGCUUCAGCAGGGUCUGAGGAUCUCUGCAGUCUGCACUCUGAGAAACUCAAACUCUUCUGUCUGGACCAUCAGCAGCCAAUUUGUGUCGUCUGCAGAGAUUCAAGAAUACACAACAACCACAGAUUCAGACCCAUCGAUGAAGCUGCACAGGAGCACAGAGAGGAGCUCGAGAAAACACUGAAGCCCUUCCUGGAGAAACGGAAGCUCUUUAGAGAAAUUCAAGGAAACUUUGAUCAGACAGCAAAACACAUUAAGGUCCAGGCCAGACACACAGAGAGGCAGAUUAGGGAGGAGUUUAAAAAGCUUCACCAGAUUCUAGAAGAGGAAGAGGAGGCCAGGAUCACUGCUCUGAAGAAGGAAGAGAAGCAAAAGAGUAAAGUGAUGAGGGAGAAAACUGAGGCUCUGAGCAGAGAGAUAGCAGCUCUUUCAGACACAAUCAGAGCCACAGAGGAGGAGCUGAGAGCUGAAGACAUCUCAUUCCUGCAGAACUACAAGGCUGCAGUGAAAAGAGUCCAGCAGCGCCCCCUGCUGAAGGAUCCACAGUUGGUCUCAGGAGCUCUGAUAGACGUGGCCAAACAUCUGGGCAACCUGGCCUUUAACAUCUGGAACAAGAUGAAGGAGAAGGUCUCCUACACUCCUGUGAUUCUGGAUCCAAACACUGCCAACCCAGAACUCAUCCUGUCUGAAGAUCUGACCAGUGUGAGCCGUGGAGAGACACAGAAGCUUCCUGAAAACCCAGAGAGGAUUGACUUUUAUCGCAUGGUCCUGGGCUCUGAGGGUUUUAACUCAGGCAGUCACAGCUGGGAUGUUGAGGUUGGAGACAAUACAGGCUGGGUCCUGGGUGUGGCAGCAGAGUCUGUCCAAAGGAAGGGAGACAUAAAGUCCGGACUGUGGAGAAUAGGGUUAUCUGAUGGUAAAUAUGCAGCAGUCUCCCCAUCAGAUCCACACACUGUUCUCCCAGUGAAGAAGAAGCUCCAGAGGAUCAGAGUACAUCUGGACUGGAACAGAAGAACACUGUCGUUCUCUGAUGCCGAUACUAACACACACAUACACACCUUCACACACACUUUCACUGAGAGGCUGUUUCCAUACAUCAGUAAUAGGACUAAACACCAACUAAAUAUAUUACCUAUAAAAGUCUCUGUAACAGCAAAACAGCUUAGUCAGUGAUGACAAUGUGACAUUGUCUCUUAAAUGGGAAUACCAAACAAUUAUGGGUUAUUUCAAUAAGUUAUUUUCUUUAUUCUAUGUACAGAGUAUUUACAGUGUAUUAAGAUUACAGUACUAUUAACUGUGUAUCAAAUAUUUACCCCCUGUAGGUUUGCAAUGUAGCAUACAUAUAAUAUAAUAAUCACCUUCUUCACUGUUGAUUUGUGCUCCAAGAUGUUUUAUUGACUUUUGAUCUAUAUUUAAUUGAUAUAGCAUAUUACGAUGUUCAUAUUACUUCUUGAGGUUACAGCGUUGACUUUAUUAUGACAGACAGAGUUGGCUUAUGUUUGUCAAGUGCUGGAAAAUAAAUAAAACAAAUGAAUUGUUGAAGUAAUAAUUAAUACGUUUUUGAGUUCAUUUAAAAUUUGUGCAGUAUUUUAAGUAUUGGUGAUAUGAUUCCAGUUUGUUCCACGGACUCAUUUUGACUUCAUAUAAUUACAGAAAUUGUCAGUGUUAUAAUGCUGAAUAGGAUUUCUCUUUUUUAUUUCAGUUUAUAAAUCAUAUGAACAAGUUUGCAUCUAAAUAAUUGUUAAUGAUCCCCAAAGUGUAAAUAUUUGUUGUUAGUCAUAUAAAAAAAAAACUUAGUUAUUGUUAACAACUUAAUUACAGCAGUGACAAUUAAAUAAAUGGCUGCCAUUUUGAUCAUCA